AUGAUUGGAAAGCGAAAGAGAGAUACACACGUUGUAUCGAGAUCCACGACAUCUGAGGACGACGAAGCAACAACCACUACGGCGAACGAUAGUUCUAGCCAUGAUAUUUUCCGCAAAUUUUUUGAAGCCCAAUUCCAGCCAUUAGAAGUACCUGAAACCCGCACUACAUGUGCUCAGGGAUCCGAUGAUGAGCAUAGCACCGAUGAAUUUGAAGAAUCCGAGCCUGAGUCUGAAUGGAGUGGCGUCUCCGAGGACGGGCAUGGCAAUGUUGAGGUAGUUGAGCAUCACGACUUGUCGGCGGUGGCUAAGGAACCAAUGGACAAGAGAGCCCGCAAAGCCUUCAUGACCGCGAAGCCGCCAUCAUUCUCUGUUAAACCGGCAGCUAUUAGGAGCUCCCCAAGCAAAGACGAGGAUGACGGAGAUGACGUCGCAAAUCUGAAGAAUGACCUGGCAUUACAACGACUAUUGAAAGAAUCCCAUCUUCUCGAGUCAUCGUCGGAUCUUGCGCCGACCGGUAAAAAUCGACUAAAAGCUCUUGACUUGCGGAUGCAAUCGCUUGGUGCCAAGGCAUCACUAUACCAUCAGAAUAUGCCGUCAUCGCAUCGAAGAGGCAUCAAAGCUAAAGCUGAGAAGAAGGAUGAUAAACGUCGACGUGAAGCUAGAGAAAACGGAAUCAUUCUCGAGAAACCCGUACCUAAAGCAAAAUCCAGCACCGGAAGACGGGAACGUGGCGUUGGGGGACCCUCCAUCGGAAAGUUUGCAGGAGGUACUCUGAACCUGAGCAAACGAGAUCUAUCUUCCAUUCAAGGCCCACAACGGUCCGGUAAAGGCAAGACCAGAGGGCGCCGUUAA